UAGUCAUCUGAAUAAGAACAUCUGUUCUUUCAUGCGCUAAACUGGAUGAGAGACUAAUCCCUGAAGCACUGCUGUUUUUCUCCUUUGUUAAGGAACUGAAGAACUACUUCUGGUUGUACUGUUGUUUUGAUCUUCGUGAUUGGCGCUUCAGGGUUCCUUUUGUACGGCAACAAUGAAGACAUUGUACUGUCCAGGCUCAGCGCUGUUAUCAGCGAUCUAUGUCUGCUUGAUGUCUACGAUAGGUCUAGGCGACGUGCCAGAUGAGUAUGUUGUGUAUCCUGCCUUACUGGAUGGCAGGAACUCGGAUCCUAAUAGAGUCCUACGUAUCGACGACGACAUCGUUCUAAAUUUGAAGCCUGCGUCAGUUCUCACGAAGGAUUUGUCCCUGAGGGUACUGAAGGAUGGCCUUGAGACGGAGCACAUAAUUGACGCCAGGAUCAUUCAGAGCAAUCUGUACAAAGACUCGGCCCACGGUACCUCCAUCGUUAUGCGAGAAGACAGUAGUGGUCUCGAGGUGAAAGGUAUUGUCAACCGACACUACGCUAUUCGACCUUCGCAACUGCAAGAUCGUUCAUCAGUUGGUCCAAGAGAACACAUUCUAUUUAAGCUUGCGGAGCCAGAUAAAGGAGGAACAGUAGAAAUGGAAGAGUUGAUACACCUAACUGCAAGAUCGGAGCGAGAACUACCCGGUGGUAAAAAGGACAGCACUCCGCUUCCUGCUGAAAUAAAUCCCGAGCUUCACGUUGUCGGGGAUGCUAAGCACGUGGCAGGAUUCCGCGAUGUCUACAAGAAUACAACGAAGGUGGCAUAUAUUGAAUACGUGUGCCUUCUUCUAAAUGGAGUAAACCUAAUCUUCGAAAGCAUGUCACAACCUAGAAUCCAUAUCAACCUUGUGGGCGUGACAAUGAUCGAGGAUAACAACACGGAUAUAUUUGUCAUGGAUGGUAGUUAUGUGAGAGGACGCGAAACCCUGGAAACGAAGUUCAGGGACUUUGUGGCGAAGAAGACACGGAACACAACUGACAUGGUGUAUCUACUAACUGGGCAUGACGUGGUCGGAAUGCACAGAGGGGACGUUUCAAUAUUUGCGAACGGCGAAGCUAUUAAAGGCGGGCUCUGCAACCAUCCAAAUAAUACUGCUAUUGGGGAGGAUGGACCUGGUUCCUACAGCGGAUUUGUUACAAUGGCGCGCGAGCUGGCUGAACUGCUGGGGGCAAACAUCACAGCUCGUAAAACAUACCCCAAUGGGACAGCGUGCAAUGACUCCUCUGAAUUUUUGUUCAACCACAAGACGGACUACAGGUUCACGGACUGUGCUGAAGCUGGGAUGCGGGAAAUUUUGAGACGGCGUGGUCAAAGCUGCUGGGACCUGUCACAAAAUUACUACGAGAUGCCGGAUCACCUGCCUGGGAAAGACCUUAGCAUGACCUCCUUUUGCGAGCACCUUUACAUGUACUACAGCUUCCGGUUGGAUCCGUGCUCGACGACAGAUGACUUAAUAUCGUGUCUCGUGAGAUGCUGUAGUGAAGGAAGGAGGACAACAGUCUUACGCCAAGCCCCGGAUCAGAUGAGGUGUCCCAACUUCUGCCCCUUUAAGAUGGAAGCCGAAUGCUGUGAGCCGACAGCCGAACUGCCGACAGUGAGUGAGACGCAAGAAGUCUAGAGGACAUUCCCGUCAAGCUACAGAAGCGCACCGCAAACUUCACGAGAAUAGUUGCCAUCAGCAUCAGAGACAGACAUAUACGUGUACAGGGUAAUCUUAUAUGCCUGGAGACUACAUUUGGAUGCACCCUACAAGGACCACUUGCACGCAAUAUGGUUAUGACACCAGCGCCUUACAUGUACAGGUGUCGAGCAUGCAGCAUGAGGGAGUUUCCGAAGCGUUACGUUCCUUUUGGAAUUUGAAGACCUUGGGAUAACGGCUCCUGAAGAGAAAAGUAUCCCAGGGGAUGAAGUAAUUCAGAAGCUUCAAGGUUCGACGAGUUUGAAAAUGGCUGCUACAACGUACGGCUGCCAUGGUGUGAAGAUCUUGUUUCUCGGAUGGGAACUAAGAAGGUUGUGGCUAAGCAACAUUUGUGUAGCGCCACGCGUAUUCUUUUAAGGGAUCAGGAUGUCAUAAACGAAUACGAUAACGGCAUUCGUGAAUAUCCUGUCAACGGUCACGCUAAACGCGUUAAUACGGCAGCAUCACUUUUCGACUCGGAGUACUAUAUGCGGCACUGCGCAGUCGUAGGGCGAGAAGGAGAAGCAGCUAAGGCCCGUAUUGUCUUCCACGCUUCUUCAAGUACUCCAGGAUUCUUGUCAUUAAAUGAGGUUCUGCAUGAUGGGCCCAAGAUGCGAAGGCAGAGAUAUUGUCCUUGACAUUAAGGUUUCGAAAGCACAGCGCAGCCAGGUUAUAUUGGUUUGUAUCACGUGCUUUGGAAUCGAAUCGAAGUUCGAUUACGUAUGUUGGACAGAUUCGCUCACAUCCUUGUACAGGAUAAAGGGGUCGGCGCCCAAAUGGUAGAUGUAUGUGGCAUAUCGUGUACGUCAGAUACAGGAACUUACAUCUCCUGAUAGAUGGUAUUAUUGUCGCGGGUCAGGAUAACCCUGCAGAUCUGAUGACGAGAGGAAUAAAAGGGUGUCAGCUCCGCGACUGUGCGUUGUGGUAGAAGGGACCUGUUUGGCUUCAGGACACGGAGCAGUGGCCUUGUUGUGAGCAAGACAGCGUGCAAGAAGCUUUGCAAGAACUUCGGGGGAUAAGGGGACGGUAAUCAUUGAAAUAUGCUCUCCAUCGGUGUUUUUUCUGUCGAAGA